AUGGAGAUCAAGGAUAUGAAGGAACUCAAAUGGCCUGUCAGAAUGAGGUCACCACCCGAAUCCAGGGACAUGAACAAGUACUGUGAGUUCCAUCGGGAUCAUGGGCAUACCACGGAGAACUGUAAGGCCCUGCAACGGGAGAUUGAAGCCCUUAUUAAAAGAGGACUCCUGAGUUCCUACGUCGAUAAUGAUAAACGCCCGAGGAACGAUCGUGGUAGGGAAAAAGCCCCUGAGGCAAAAAGGGAUGGUCAACCCACUGCUGGAACCAUCAAUAUCAUCAUUGGGGGUAUUGCCUCGGGAGGAGACUCCAACAGUGGAAGAAAACAAAAUGCCUGA